AUGAAGACUUCGCAGGUCGUCAUCACGUCGCUCUCGCUGCUCACGGCGGGCGCGCUCGGGUACGCCAUCUACUUUGACUACAAGCGACAGACGGACGCCACCUUCCGCAAGUCGCUCAAGAAGGACUCGAAGAAGACGUCCAAGGCGUCCAAGAAGGAGGCCGAGAGGCGCGCAAAGGCCGAGGAGGCCGUCAUCCAGCAGCUCCUCGACGAGAUCCGGCAGCCGGGCGUGCUGCCCGCCGACAUCGAGGCAAAGGAGCAGUACUUCCUCCAGCACGUGUCGCUCGGCGAGCAGCUGUUUGCCCAGGGCCCCGAGCACUACCUCGAUGCGUCGAUCGCCUUUUUCAAGGCGCUCAAGGCCUACCCGGCGCCCGUCGAGCUCAUCAUGAUCUACCAGAAGGCCGUGCCCAAGGAGGUCUUUGACUGCAUCAUGAGGAUCGUCAGCAAGGACAUCGCCAUGGGCGGCGGCGAGGAUGGCGCCGGUCCCUCGGCGGCAGCCGGGCUCGCAGGCCAGAGCGUCGGGAACCUCGACGACGUCGACGAGGACGGCCCCUCGGCGGCCGCCGCCGAGGUCCACGCCGCCGAAAAGGCAAAGCAGGCCAGCGGGGCCGACGACGGCGACGACGACGACAACUCGGGCGCGCAUGCCACCUCGGCCGCCAAGGAUGAGACGGCACCAUCCGCACCUGCCUCGUCGACCGCCGCCUCUUCGAGCAACCAGCAGUCGCAGCAGAACAACGGCACCGACAGCGGCACCACGUCUUCGCAGGAGUGGGACACGCUCUCGGCCAACAGCCUCAACGACACCGGCGUCUUUGUGCCGUCGAGCCAGCAGGCCGCCACCCCGGCUGCCGCUGCCGCCUCCUCCGAGGCGGACGAGACCACGUCGGUCGAGACGGCCGAGGCCGCCGCGCCCGAGGCUAAGGUCGUCGAGGAGUCGGCCACCCCUGUCGAGACCGAGCAGCCCACGCCCGCCGAGUCGAGCGAGACGACCUACGAGAAGACCGAGGAGCAGCUGGCUGCGCCCGUCGACACCGUCGGCGCCGAGGCCGAGGCCGAGGCUGAGGCCGCCGACGGCGAGGACCAGUGGGAGGACGAGGAGAAGAAGGCGUCCAACUAG